GGACCGCCCCAAUUUUGUUAAGUUAGGCGAUGCUGCAGCGUUAGGCGCGUGGUCUAAUAAUCUUGGGCUUCGUGGAAAUCCCGUUGUUUCUUGAUAAUUUGUAGAAUAAGAUUAUUUCAGUUAACUGUUGGUGCUUUUCAAGGACCACUUGAAUGUCUCACAAACAAGGGAAAUUGAGUCCUAAUACUCCACAGACAAACCCAAAUGCUAUUAACCGUAAUGCGGGCCUUCAUGCACUGGAAUAUGAAGAAGCUAUGGAAGUCGAACAACCCUUGAGUGAUACUUCAGAACACGAUCCAUCCUCAGAUGCAAGUCAGGAUGAACAACACCCUUGGUUUUAUAAUGCUACUGUCAAAGGAUGUUGCGGGACAACUUGUGAACAAACAGAUGCUUCGGUUGAUGCCUUUGACGAAAAUGACGAAGCAAGAGCUUCAGGAGUUAUCGAAGGUGUCUUCGAAAACAUUUUACAUCAGAAACAAAGUGCCGCACGUGCAGAUGUUCGCGUGGUUCGAGGAUCAGGAAUGAUUCGUUGUCUCCCGUGGAAAAUACUUGUAAUUUUUCAUCCACCGGACGCUCAGUCGACAAUUGGUGUUUUUGUACAGUGUAAUGCAGAAAGCGAAUCACUAACCUGGAGUUGUACUGCCAAAGCAACUAUUCAGUUAGUUGCUCAGAGAUCGAAUUGCAAGAAUAAAGAAAUGAAAAUUCAGCAUACUUUCACACACAAGGAAAACGAUUGGGGUUUCCAACAAUUUAUUAGUUAUGACGAGUUGCUUAAUCCAGAGAGAGGUUUCUUAUCUCCAACAGAUCCGAAAGAUACAAUUAUUAUCCGAGCUCAUAUUAAAGCUGAUGCUCCUCAUGGUGCUGAUUGGGAUUCCAAACGCCACACUGGAUUUGUUGGACUGAAAAAUCAGGGCGCUACUUGCUAUCUGAAUUCUCUACUUCAAGCAUUGUAUUGCACAAAUAAAUUACGACGUGCAGUAUUUUUAAUGCCAACGGAAAGUGAUGAUGCCCAAACAAGUGUACCUCUGGCUCUGCAGCGAGUAUUUUAUGAAUUGCAGUUCAGUAGUCGUGCUGUAGGCACUAAAAAGUUGACUCGCAGUUUUGGUUGGGCCACUUUAGACUCAUUUAUGCAACAUGAUGCUCAGGAAUUAUGUCGGGUUUUACUAGACAACUUGGAAAACAAAAUGAAAGGUACUUCAGUUGAGGAUGUUAUACCCGGACUAUUUUGUGGGAAAAUGCUUUCUUAUAUAAAUUGUAUCAACGUUCCUUAUUCUUCUAAGAGAGAAGAAAAUUUCUAUGAUAUCCAACUUAAGGUUAACGGAAAUCGUUCUGUUUAUGACGCUUUCAAUGAAUACAUUGCGAAAGAAACCCUCUCUCAAGAUAAUAAAUAUGAUGCUGGUGCUUAUGGGCUCCAAGAAGCUGAAAAAGGUGUUAUAUUUACACGAUUUCCGCCGGUAUUGUACCUGCAACUAAUGCGUUUUCAGUAUGACUUCGUUGCUGAUACAAAUAUCAAACUAAAUGAUCGGUUUGAAUUUCCACCUAUUCUUAAGUUGGAUCAGUUUUUGGCUGAACCAAAACCAUCUACUUACAAACUUCACGCUGUACUUGUGCACUCUGGUGAUAAUCAUGGUGGUCAUUAUGUUGUAUAUAUAAAUCCAGCGCUAAAUGGUAUAUGGUAUCAGUUUGACGAUGAUGUUGUUUCACGUUGCUCACCCCGUGAUGCUAUCGAUAUGAAUUUCGGAGGUAGUGAUGAUCCUGAUAUGCGUCUUUGCACAAACGCUUAUAUGCUUGUGUAUAUCGCAGAUUCCGCGAAAGAUGAUGUUUUAUGCCCUGUUUCUGAGAUAGAUAUUCCUGAGACAUUACGCGAGCGAUUCAUGGAUGAACAAAAAAUGGAUGAGGCUAAAAGAAAACAAAAAGAAAAAGUUCAUUUGUAUGUCGCUAUUCAGUUAAUACUUGAAGAGGACUUCUAUGGUUGGCAAGGUCCAGAUUUGUGUAGUCAAGAGUUAUUGCCCAGCCGGAUGUUACGCGUUCAAAAACAAACUGUUCGUCCGAAAUUACUAGAAGAUGUAGCAAGUGUGUUGCAUUAUCAGCCUGAAGGAAUACGUUUGUGGCGGUUUCAACCUCGACGUAAGAACAUGCCUACUCAUCUAAUUGAACUUUGUGAUAAUCAACCAUUAUGCGCUAUGAAAGAUGCUCUCAUAUUUUUUGUUCAGUCCGAUACUUCGACUAAUUCAUUUAUUCCUCGUGUGGAUAAAGAACAAACUGUGAUAGAUCGACACUUGUUUUUCCUCAAAUAUUUCGAUCCAUUCACUUGGACGUCAACAUUUUGUGGCCAUGUGGAAAUUCGCAGAGAAGAAUCGUUGAGGGUUAUUGAACCAAUAGCUCGCGAACGGGUUGGAUUACCUUCUAAUUGUAAAUUAAUGUUUUUCCAAGACGAUGCGAAAUCUUUGAUAUCUGAAAUUACACAAUUUGAUAUCCCAAUAUCUAAAAUGUAUAAACGCGAUAUCCAAGGACAGAUUUUGUACUUUCAAGUUAAAUCAAUGAAUUGUUCAACCCCACUACCAUUUGGAUUGAUGGAAACCACUGAGAUGGGGAAAGAAGCGUUGAGCAGUUUGGUAGAUGAUGCGCAUGUUUUGUCGUCUGUCGAAAGUCCUCUUACUGACAACAGCCAGGUUAUUGGUAUGAAUGGUAUAGUCAUCCCUUCAAAUAUCGUGGACGAUAAUGUUAGUGGUAACGCAGAUGUUUGCAGAGAUAUUUCGGAGUCUUCUGUUGUCUCGUUAUCGAAUAUUGAUUCCAUUACUUUGCAUAAAAUGGCUACUUUCCCAGCAGUAGCUGGCAAUAAAUCUCGAUCUUGUAUGAAUCUGAUGGGUCAACCGAUUACGGCGGAUUUACAAACGCAAACAAUCUCAUCUGCAGAAAAACUGACGAUUUUCGAUUACUUCAGCAGUUAUAUACGUCAGUUCGAAAUAUUAUUGGUGGAUAAGCUUAGACCUCAGGACGCUGGGAUUCUCAUUCAGGUGUCAGCCGAUCUUACGUAUUGGGAAUUCGCCAAUGUUGCUGCAGCUUACCUAUCAACGCAAAGUAACCGUCUUCAAUUUUUCCGUUCACAACAAGGAUUUGGCAAUACGACGGAUGCUGUUAAUGCACCAAUUUAUGUUUCACCUGUCUCCACUGGGACUGGUGUCACUGGAAGUGAACUUGCAUCUCCGCCUAUCAGUUCAGAAACUACAGAGAACACUUGUGGCAAUAACAACGUUUGUUCUGUAGAGAGUGGGGCUUUAGGAGUUACAGGAACUCGUGGAUCACCAAUUCAUCCUCAUUUGUUAACAGCCAAAUCAUCUGGUUUCCCAACGUCGUCACCCUACUUAAAUUCACUUGUGGCAGCAGCAGCCGCUCAGGGUUUGAUGCGAGAACCUCCCGGUCCUGCAAUCAGCUCUUCAUAUUCUGGUACAUUGCAGGAAUUUUUCCUUCCGUUUACUGUUGCGCACACGAAUACUUCAUGGGCUUCUGAUGUUGGUGGUAUCGGGCCAGGUUUAGUUAACAGCGGAAAUACAUUGUCAGGAACUGGUGGAAAUACUCCCACUCCAGAUCGCUUCCCAAUACCGCUUAAUCGUUUUUGUGGUGCUGUGACUGUUAGCCGUUCUCCUUUGGGUCCUGUUACUUCUUCCCCACCUCGUCGUGUGUACUACGCACAUCUGGCUAUUCGAAUUGAUGAACUUGAAACAAUGCGUCAAGUUCGUGUGAUUUAUGUUGGGCAAAAAUUAUCGGAAAAGGCAGAAUUAAUUCUUUCAGUACCCCAGAAUGGUUUAGUUUUUGAUCUUUUAAAAGAAGCUUCUCGUCAUUUAGUCUUGCCUCCUGGUGGUUCUGGCCAACUGCGUUUACUCAAAAUCUCUCGUAAUCGAAUUAUACAAGAGUAUCCUCCAACACAAAAACUUUCACUCAUACCUGAAUCUGCUGUGUUUCCCCAAACAUAUGCAGGGUCGUCUCCUAUUCAUAGUCUUCGGAUUGAAGAAAUUCCUCUUGACGAAAUAAACUUGAAACCUGACGAGACUGUAGUGUACGUUUCUCAUUUUGACAAAGCUUUCACAGAGACUUUCGGGGUGCCGUUUACUGUACGCAUUCGAGAUGGAGAAAAUUACACUGCAGUGCGCGAGCGUAUACGUAAACGACUAGAAGUACCUGAAAAGGAGUUUGACCGUUGGCGAUUCGCUGUAAUUUAUCCAACUGAGGGCGCUUACAUCCCGAAUGAAGGAGAUCCCACAGUGCAGAUAAAAAGAUUUACUCACUAUUGUCUUCCUGAAAGUCGCCCAUGGUUGGGAAUUGAUCAUAAGCCAUCUAAACGUCCUCGUUAUGCUCCAAAUGAAAAACCUAUCAAGAUUCAUAAUUAAAAAAAUUCAUUCAUUGAUUUGUGCGAAAUAUAUCUUCACUUCGUUUCUCGCGCGACUUAGUUUUGAAGAUAUUCUUUCCUUCAGUUAUCUGCAGGCUAACUGUAAAACCAGUGACUUUUAACCAGCUUUUCAUAUUACCAGUUGUGAAUGACUUUCAAAAGCUUCGUUAACAUAUUCAUAGGUUCGAUGGAUUAUCUUUUUCACCUUGUCAGUACUUUGAAUAAUUAUCUAGUACUCUGCAGUGCUUGUGUUUGUCACUUUCACUGUGACAAUAUUCAUGUAAUUUCUUAGCUUUGCUGUUUGUAUUGUGCAUAUGAGACAAAUGUGAUGCUCUCAAAUGCUCAAGAUUCUUCGUACCUAUUUUGAAUUAAGUUGAGCUUGUCCACCGUCUGCAACACUAGUUAUGCCGUAAAGUGUUGUUGUCUUACUCUCAACCAAAUUUAUGAAUUACUUCGAAGCAUUUUAGAUCAAUUGUAUUGAAUAAAAUUUAUCUGCACAGAAAAUCUGAUAUUAUUUAUCUGUACGUGUUUGCUUUAUUUGUACUAAUCAUUUUCAUACCAUUCAGUUAGUUUUUGAGCUAUAUACGUUAAGUGUUUCUCGGUCAGUCAGUUCAUAGCUCUGACUUAUUAUCCCCUAAUUUCUCCCACUUAUCUACAUGUACUAAUAGGCAAUAGUUUGUUUUAUUGUUGGUACAUCUGGUUUGUGUACAGAUGUGUAGCAUAAAAAUCCUAAGUGUAUCGUUUUAUUAAUACUAAAAGCUAUUUGACUUCAGUAUCUAAUCUUUCUAGUAAAGUAAAAUUGUUUGACUACAAUACGUGACGUUGGUUCGCUUUGGUUGAAAACAGCAUCCUAAAAAAGUUGGAAUUUUAAUUGAUAUCAUUUAAGUGUUGAAUUAAUCGUUAUUUUUAUGACAGCUUUUAUUUCACGAUAAGUGGUCGGAAGGUCGUAGAGCAUAGGCAAAAUGAUCUAAUAAUGUUUUACAGAAAUCAUAAUUGUUGAUUGAGCUGUUAUUAGUUGAGCCUCUAGUAUUUUAUAUCAUUAAACUCGGAAUAGAUAGAAUGUGACUGGCGACAGAAUCCAGGGCUCGCGUCUGGUCCUAUUUCGGUCCUCCUUGGCAAUGCACAUCCACGAUCCCGCCUCGUGGGAUUCGAACCCAGGACCUUCAGUCUCGCCCCCAAAUGCACUGGUAUGGUCGAGAGUGGGGUGGACCCUCCCCCUCGAAAUGCCCUCACACGGCCACAAGUAUACAGCCACUGCCAGGGAAAUCCUACUCACUGCCUUCUUGUGGCGGGGGUGUUGUCUACGAAAAUGAGAGGACGGAAAGCGAAUGUCCGACGCUUUAACCGGAUCCCAAACCAAUUGUGCACAUGGGCUCCAAGAUCCCGAAGGAGCAAAUGGCAUAUGAACCAGUCGUUGGUCACCGACUACCAUGAGGUUGCAUCUUCUCACGAUGCUCCACUGCCUUGUGGAUCAGAUUUUUAGGUCAAAGGCUCGGAGUGUGGCCUCCUAAGAAAAUCACCUUCUUCGGUCUGGGCACCCGGGCAGUAUCACAGCCGACGCACACAAAUAUGGUGUGGCGCAUAUAUAUUUGGUGUCCUCUUGUAACAAUAUUUAUGUGUUCAAAUAAAUAAAUAAAUAAAAUUUGUUUAUUAGAAUGGUAUAUAUCUAGUUUUUAUAUCAUAUACGUAUACAUAUUAAAAAUGUUAGCUGAAAGUAUGCAUAAAAGUAAUAUGUGAUUUUCACAGACUUGCAUAAAAAAUAUUUCUUUAGGGUUAUUCUCAAAUUGAUCGUGUAGUUAAUUAUACUUAUCUGAGUGUUAAAUCGGAACUAUUUACCCAGAUUAAUUAUAUUAAGAUCAUCGUUGGUUACGUUAUUCAGAACUGGCGUUUGGUUUUCUUUGUUAUUGAUCAGUCGGAUCUACCUGGAUCUCAUUGUUGAUGUUCACAUUGACACUCGAUCCUGGUAUCUGUCAUCUCAUUAUUUACUGAGUUGUUGAGUUUAUAUGAUCUUUAAAUUGUUUAACACUUACAGUGUUUAUCUUUGGCUUAUUAGCUAACUGUCCUGAAUAUCAGCCUCACAAAAAUGCAAAUAUAAAAUUCCUUAGAUAUUUAGGUGAAUAUUCUAUCACUCGAAG